CAUCAAGGUCGGUUUUAUGUCGGCAACGACCUUUCGCUUACUUUAUUUCUAUUUUGCAAUUUCCCAAAAUACCAUCUUUAAUUAUCCGAUGAUGGGUCCGCCCCCAAUCUUCGAUUACAACGACCUCCAUUGCUUUGGACCCCACUGAGGUUAAGCUCCUCAUCCUCUUCCCCUUCCCUUAAAACAAACAAACAAACAGUCUUCUGCUAAUCAUACAUACACACACCCUUCUCUCUUCUCUUCCUUACUCACGCUUUUCUUCUUCAAUUUCAUCAUUUCUACUCAUUCCAGUUCAUCAAAUGGCUUUUUUGCUUGGCCUGGUGGUUGGUCUCGUCGUGGGCCUUGCGCUUAUUGUUGGAUUUGUUCGGUCUGAGAAUGCCCGAUCUAAGAUGCGCACUGAACUCGCAACUACCAUUGCUGCGUUUGCGAGGAUGACUGUGGAGGAUUCUAGAAAGAUCUUGCCUGCUGAGUUCUACCCUUCUUGGGUUGUUUUCUCCCAGCGCCAGAAGUUGAAUUGGCUAAAUCUUCAACUCGUAAAGAUCUGGCCAUAUGUGGAUGCGGCUGCAUCUGAGUUGAUAAGGGCUUCCGUGGAGCCUGUUCUUGAGCAAUAUAGACCGAUUAUACUAUCAUCUCUUAAAUUUUCCAAGUUUACCCUUGGAACAGUUGCACCGCAAUUUACAGGAGUUUCUAUUAUUGAAGAUGGAGGUAGUGGCAUUACCAUGGAGUUGGAAAUGAAUUGGGACGGGAAUCCAAGUAUAAUACUAGAUAUUAAGACCAGACUUGGUGUUUCCUUGCCUGUGCAGGUGAAAGAUAUUGGAUUUACUGGGGUUUUCAGGUUGAUCUUUAAGCCAUUGGUUAAUGAGUUUCCUUGCUUUGGAGCUGUUUGUUAUUCGUUGCGACAAAAGAAAAAGUUGGAUUUUACACUAAAAGUUAUUGGCGGUGACAUAUCAGCAAUUCCUGGAAUUUCUGAUGCUAUUGAGGGGACAAUACGUGAUGCUAUUGAAGAUUCGAUUACCUGGCCUGUUCGGAAAGUUGUUCCAAUUUUGCCUGGGGACUAUAGUGAUCUGGAGUUAAAGCCUGUUGGGAUGUUAGAAGUAAAGCUUGUGCAAGCAAAGGAUUUGACAAACAAAGACAUCAUUGGGAAAUCAGAUCCCUAUGCUGAAUUAUACAUACGUCCUCUACGUGACAGAACAAAAACCAGUAAAAUAAUUAACAAUGAUCUGAAUCCAAUCUGGAAUGAGCACUUUGAAUUUAUUGUUGAAGAUGCAACCACUCAACACUUGGUGGUAAAGAUCUUUGAUGAUGAAGGGCUGCAGGCAUCUGAGCUCAUUGGAUGUGCUCAAGUGCAGCUAAGUGAGCUUGAGCCUGGUAAAGUGAAAGAUAUAUGGUUGAAUCUGGUUAAAGAUUUGGAGGUCCAAAGGGAUAAUAAAAACAGGGGCCAGGUUCACUUGGAGCUUUUGUACUGUCCUUUUGGUAUGGAGAAUGGCUUUACAAACCCAUUUGCUUCGAGCUUCUCAAUGACCUCCUUGGAGAAGGUUCUUAAAAGUGGGGCGGAUGGGAUUGAAGUCACUGGAAACGGAAACGCAAUUACACAAAGGAGAAGGGAGGUCAUAGUUAGAGGAGUUCUUUCCGUGACUGUGAUAUCUGCUGAAGAUUUGCCAGUGGUAGAUUUGAUGGGCAAGGCUGAUCCCUAUGUUGUUCUCACAAUGAAGAAAUCAGAAACAAAAAACAAAACUAGGGUUGUGAAUGAUUGCUUGAACCCUGUUUGGAAUCAAACUUUCGACUUUGUUGUUGAGGACGGAUUACAUGAUAUGCUAAUUCUUGAAGUAUGGGAUCAUGACACAUUUGGCAAGGACUACAUGGGAAGAUGUAUCCUGACUUUGACAAAGGUUAUUUUGGAAGGGGAGUACAAAGACAGGUUUAAACUUGAUGGAGCUAAAUCUGGAAGCUUAUAUUUGCAUCUCAAGUGGUUGCCGCAACAUAUCUAUCGUGAUACAUGAGUGAUGAGUGAAUGUGAUCUCUGUUCAAUGGCAAAUCGGUGGAACUUAGCUGGUGGAGGCUCGAGAACAUUACUAACACUCAUUUGCAUGUUCAGUUAUCAAUAAGUUUAUGCACCAUGCAUAUGUGAUAGCAAACACACUGUACAUAGCUAUUUUUGCAGUACUAAGCGAACAUAUAGUGAAGCAUGAAGGGAGGACAUUUCAACAGGGGCGGGGGAGUCUUGUGUAUUGAGGAUGCCCUUUAUAGCAGAUACCAUACAUGGGUGGAAAAGUUGGGGGUGGGGGCGAAAUGUUGUAGAGGAUUAUCCAUUUUUGACAUUUUUGUAAUGCUUCUAUAUUCUCCUUAGAAUCUGAAAUAUUCUCAACAUCGUU